UACUUUUUCAGAAAAAUAAAAAUAAAAAUAAACAUAAAACAAACAAGAACACUCGGAAGAUCAAAGUCCAAGGACAGAGGAUAGGAGUAGAGCGUUCGGGCAGCCACACAUCAAUAUCCAAAUGGCAGCGACGGUUUAUGCGGCGGCAGCUACUUCUUCUAUGGCGACAACCACCGCCACUUUGAUUCCGACUGUCAACAGAACUACCCGUUGCUCUGCUUUGCCUUACCUGCCACCUCGCUUGUCAUCCAACUCCCUCCGCCCUUCCAUCAAACAAGUCUCAGCAUCCCGCAGGGUUUCUCUCCUUCAGAUUAGAGCCUCAUCAGAAGAGUCUGCUCCAGUUGAUGCUGGUGAGCUCUUCACAGACUUGAAGGCAAGGUGGGAUGCACUCGAAAACAAGUCAACAGUUGUUCUCUAUGGAGGUGGGGCAAUAGUGGCUGUUUGGCUAUCAUCAAUUGUUGUUGGAGCUAUCAACUCAGUACCUUUGCUUCCCAAAAUCAUGGAGUUGGUCGGCCUUGGAUAUACAGGAUGGUUUGUCUACAGAUACCUUCUCUUCAAGUCAAGCAGAAAGGAACUAGCCACAGAUAUUGAAGCACUGAAGAAGAAGAUUGCUGGAAGUGAAUAAAUCCACAUGAUUAAGAUGCAAAAUUCUUCCCCUGUUGUGGAUCUUUAAUAUCAGUACUCUGCACCCUUGCUGUAAGACAUAUUUGUAUCUUGUAUUGUAGAUUAGGGACCUUGUAUGAAUCAUGUUCCUCUUUUGUAAUUUCCCAAGUUCGUUUUUGUAAUAAGGAUCAGCAAUUUAAUGUGUAUGCUAAAAGUGGAUAAUUACAAUCUUUGAUUAUAUA